CCGAUGAGUGCUCCCCUUCGCGCCUCGGGGAUGGAAUCAGGGAACGGGAAUACGAAGAAGAGAUGCGCAGUAAAGAGGAAUGGAAGCAUCUGGUUGAACUUUUCGAACAUGAAACCUCCGAAGAAUUUCGAGUGUGCCCCGACGCCGCUCGAAGCUUCCACGUGGAUUCUGAAGACAGUGCAUUCACGCCUCUAACAACCCAGUGGACGGGCACUAUCGAGCACCCCACGUGGAUUGAGAAUCCGGAGCUGCUGAUCAUACAGGGUUGGAGGACUAACGCGGAAGGAGAUCUUAUUGGAUUCCUCUUUGGAUCGGUACGACCGGGUCGUCGUCAGUUGAUUGCACAAGAGCUCAUCGCACCGAUCGUGCAAUUGGCGGACGAUCUCUCGCCCGACAUCUACUUUCAGAGCGGCAACAGUCCUGCUCCGUACAUUUUCGAGCGAUCCUUGGAUCCGUACCUUCAGUGGACUUCGUGCUUGGAGGAACCUAGGGACGAGGAUACGCUACCAUCGCGGCAGGAGUAUCUGAAGCCGUACGAGAUCAUCCCUCACGCCUUCUACCCGAGGGCAGAAGAAGUGGUGAUUGACGACGACGACGAAGAAGAAGAAGACGACUACGAGGAGACAUCGGAGGAGGGAAGCUAUAGUGAACAUAGCGAGGGCGAGAUGAGUGAGGAGGAAGAGGAAGAAGAAGGAAUCGGGUUCGAGUGGGAAACCCCGCCGGAGGAAGCGACGCGUACGGGAAUGGAGGCGGAAGAUCCGGAAGCAGCGCGAAAGCGCGAAGAGAUUGCCUCCGGAAAGCGCCAGCUGGAGUUCGCUAGCGAGGCUAGCAUGCGCAUCGGUAGCGAUCCGACCAGGGAUCCAGAGCCGCCGAGGCCCGUAGAUGGCGACCCUGCAGCCGCCACCUCAAGUACCGCGCGACGGAGACGGCGCCGAUCCCCCUCCUCCUCCAUCCCCACCCGUCCCCCAGUUCGCCCACGUGCCAAUGCGGGCGAUAGGCCUUCAACCUCGGACGAUGCCCCGCCGACCCCUUGAUUUUCUCACCCUCGAGCAGAUCCGUACCCCCGUCACCUUCCCUUCCCAUCCUUUCCAUCCCCAUCUCUUCCGCGA